CUGCCGAAGGCGCAGCCUGGACUGUAGUUUCCCGGGAGAGAGGAGAACAGGAACGGGAGCGGAGCGGAGCGCAGUCGUCUGAGCAUCAGCUCCCGCAUCCCGCCAGGGGUUGCAGGUGUGUGGGAGGAUUGAAACUAUUCCAACAUGGCUUUCCUUGGACUUUUCUCUUUGCUGGUUCUGCAAAGUUUGGCUGGUGGGGCCACUUUCCCUGAUGAAACCAUUGCUGAGCUGUCAGUGAAUAUGUAUAAUCACCUUCGAGCUACUGGGGAAGAUGAAAAUAUUCUUUUCUCUCCAUUGAGCGUCACCCUUGCAAUGGGAAUGAUGGAACUUGGGGCCCAAGGGUCUACCCUGAAAGAAGUCCGUCAUUCAAUGGGAUAUGACAGCCUGAAAAAUGGUGAAGAAUAUUCUUUCUUGAAGGAGUUUUCUAACAUGGUAACUGCUGAAAAGAGCCAGUAUGUGAUGAAAAUUGCCAAUUCCCUCUUUGUGCAAAACGAAUUUCACAUCAAUGAUAAGUUUUUGCAAAUGAUGAAAAAAUAUUUUAAUGCGGAAGUAAAUCAUGUGGACUUCAGUCAAAAUAUCGCUGUGGCCAACCAUAUCAAUAAGUGGGUGGAGAAUAACACAAAUAGUCUGUUGAAAGAUUUGGUAUCCCCAGGAGAUUUUGAUUCUGUCACUCACCUGGCCCUCAUCAGUGCUGUCUAUUUCAAGGGUAACUGGAAGUCACAGUUUAGACCUGAAAAUACUAGAACCUUUUCCUUCACUAAAGAUGACGAAAGUGAAGUCCAAAUUCCAAUGAUGUAUCAACAAGGAGAAUUUUAUUAUGGGGAAUUUAGUGACGGCUCCAAUGAAGCUGGUGGUAUCUACCAAGUCCUAGAAAUACCAUAUGAGGGAGAUGAGAUAAGUAUGAUGCUGGUGUUGUCCAGACAGGAAGUUCCACUGGCCACUCUGGAGCCACUGGUCAAAGCACAGCUGAUUGAAGAAUGGGCAAACUCUGUGAAGAAGCAAAAAGUGGAAGUGUACCUGCCCAGGUUCACAGUGGAACAUGAAAUUGAUUUAAAAGAUGUUUUGAAGGCUCUUGGAAUAACUGAAGUUUUCAGCAAAAAUGCAAAUUUUACAGCCUUGUCUGAUAGCAAAGAGAUUUUCCUUUCCAAAGCAAUUCACAAGUCCUUCAUCGAGGUGAAUGAAGAAGGAUCGGAGGCUGCUGCCACCUCAGGAAUGAUUGCAAUCAGUAGGAUGGCUGUGCUGUAUCCUCAAGUUAUUGUUGACCAUCCAUUUUUCUUUCUUAUCAGGAAUAGGAGAACAGGUACAAUCCUAUUCAUGGGACGAGUCAUGCAUCCUGAGACAAUGAAUACAAAUGGACAUGAUUUUGAGGAACUUUAAGUCAUUUCACUUGAAUAAUAAGAAAAAUAGUAACUAAGCACAUUAUGUUUGCAACUGGUAUAUACUUAAGAUUUGUGUUUUACAGUAUAUCUUAAGAUACUAUUUAAACUAACUCCAUAUAAAAGCAGUAUGUAAAUGAUAAGCCAACUUGUCAAGGAAUGUUUUCAGUAUUAUUGAGGUAAUGGUCUUGUCACGUUAUUGUGUUUGUUGUGCUGGUAGUUAAAAUAAAAGUACAUAGUGAACAUGUGAACAGCUCUGUUUUUCAUUUUAGAAGUUAUAGGGUAAAGAUACCUCUAGGUGAAAUUUGGAAACAGUGAGGUUUCUGGAUAUCUUAAAUCUUUUGUAACCAUUCAGACUCAAGGCACUGAAGUAAAUUAGCACUGUACACUAACACAUAGCAAGCAGUAACAAGCGAAAUGAAGACAGGUACUCCACAAAAAUUCCGAUUGUUUUUUUCUCUGAAGAUGGUGUACAGUGCAAUAUAAAACAAUGCCAGCUGACCAUCUUCUGUAUGGCUCCAUGACAAAAUUGGUUAGGAAAAAAAUAGGGCUAUGAAAAUCCAUAGCUUACAGCUAUGGUUUAUUUACCAUGUCUUUAAAAAUAUCCACUUGUCAUCAGAAGGCUUAUGUAGGUAACCAGCCUGGUAUAUCAUCAUGUUUUGCUGCUGCAAGUAAAAUCCACAUAAAACCAAGUUCUCAAAAGUCCCAAAGUAAACCAAAUUAACAAUAAAAAUAAGCUCUAUGGUAUGUAUGUGACCAGAGAAUUAACUAGAAAAAACUGUGCUAGUACAGAUACCAGGAAUCAGCAAGGCAUGGGCUGAAUAUUACUUGCAGAAGUGUUCUUGGUUGUUCUGUGCAGGUUUUUACACAUUUGGAACUUGAACGUCUGUAAUUGGGAUAUCACAUUUGUGUUUCUCCCAUUGAUUACCUGCUGGCUCCUGGUGCAUUUAUUUGAGACCUCUGGAGAGUUCUAAGCACUUUGCAGAAUAUAUUGGCCUUAUUCUCUACAACAAGAAGUGUUUCAUUCCAAAGGGGACAGGUCUCUAGUAAAUUACUUUGUUAUCCACUGACUGAAACGACAGUGCUCCUCUGAGGGGUGGGGAGAAAAAGGAAGGAAUCAUCUCAUCAUGUUGUGAAUUGAACUAGAGACCCUCAAUACCAAACAUUAACUUUAAGUUUGUUCAGAAGAGGUGGUGGUUGGGGGAACCAGGCCUGACCCUCAACCUACUGAAUGUUAAACUCUUGAGGAAAAACUUGAAAGUCUGAGUUUUUAGACAAGUCCCCUUGGUGAUUUGGUUAUACGUUAAAUCUUGAAUAUUGUGAAAUAAAGAACGCAUGUAGAAUACUUAUAUACCAGUUGUUUAAAGUAAUUUGUAGAAAAUUAGAUCAAUCAGUGAGGUGUCCUAAGUUAAUGCUUCUCAAACUUUGUGUACAUUAGAAUUACUACGUGGGGGUUGUAAAAGAGAUUAUCAUACAGUAGUAGGUCUGGGGUGGCGCCUGAGAACCUGCAUUUCUAACAAGCUUCACGGGGGGGGGUGCCAUUGCUGUUGGCCCAUGGACUCAGGUUGAUAACAAAACUACAUUUAACAGAAGUUGACGUGUUUGAUAUCUUCCUACAUGGAAACAGAAAAAAAGGUGUAACUCUCAUAAAACUUGGAGAUAUUUAGGCAAUGGAGCAGUAGUCUACAUUAACAAUACAAUGCAUUUACACAAAAUGAGAAAAAAUGGUUUUAUCCUAAAGCUUUUUCCCUAUUACAUACCAUGGAAAAAUGCAAACGUCCUCUGCAUCUUAGAACUCUUGAAGUAUAUUCUUUAAAAAUAUAGACACGUUUAUAGGUAAAGCCCACAAAAGAACUUAUGAAUACCUUAGGACACAUACUUAACACUGACUCUUUUAGAGCUUAUACUCUCAGAAAACUUAGAGUUUAUCCAUUAAGCUGAGGUUACUAUAGAACAAUGCUUUUAUUUUCAUUUUUAAUGUACACAGAUUAGACUAAUUGAUGUCGAUUCAGGAUUGUUAUGGUGAGUUUGUGAUAGUCCUCAUUACUGAUUGCUGCUUGUUAAGCAUUAUAUAUUUGCUAUAUUUUUAUGUCCAUUAGUCAGCUAAAUCAGUUACCUAUAAGGAAGAGUCAACAUCAUUGACAAGCAUAAAGCCCAAAAUACAAUUUUUUUAACUAAUAUAAGGUUAAACUCUACCAUUCAGAAUGUUUACCUUAAAAUAUUUCAAUACAAUUUAGAUGUCCCUUAACUAAAACUUUGUCAUUACCAUGUUAAUGGAGUGCUUAAAAAUAGGAUACUUGAUAGUACCAAGUUUUUCCUAUUGUUUGAUUUGGUUUAUAAUUUCUUCAAUAUUUUCUUUUCCAAUGAAAAAGCUAUAUCCUAUGGUUCAAUUUCAUUUCUUUUAAAAGGCAUACAUUACUAUACACACAAUGUGUACAGCUAACAGAAACUUCUUUCUUUUUGAACAUAUUUUUGGGGAGAAGAAAUUAACAACAAUUAUGCAUGUUUUGUUUUUAAAUUAAAUUUUUCCAGCUUUAUUGAUAUAUAA